GUGAACCGGCGGAUCGAAGGUCCCAGUCUGGGGCGCUCUGUACCUCUGAGUCCCACAGAUACUUGAGCUGCAGUUGUGUGUUUGUAAAUUCGGGGGCCGCGGCUUUGUCUGACUUGGUGCAGCCUAAGAAAGAACUCAAACGACAGACAUCACGGGCCAAACUCAGUGCUAGGGUGAUGCCCUCUGCCCAUGGAAUUUUAUUUUGCAGAAGGAAUAAAGCGUAUGAAAUAACUUUCAGCCAAACUUCGGAGUUAAACAUUUUCUUUUCCUGACUCUAAGGAUAACAAGGAAGAAGAUGAGUGAUGAUCAGCCCAGAAUGGAGGUGUGCCCUUUUUGCAAGAAGCCAUUUAAACGAUUAAAAUCCCACCUGCCGUACUGUAAAAUGUUGGGAGCAACCUUACCUGGUGACCAAAAUGUUCAGCAGUCUAAGCCAACUACGCCUGCAUGCACUAAAAAAGUGAAAGAGCCCCUCAAAGAUUCAAUGAAAGCCAAAGGAAGAAAGUUAGAGAAUGAGGGAAAAAAUACUAAAUUGAUACAGGACAAACCAGCACAGACAGAUGAGCCCCCUCCAGUCCUGGCCAUUGGCUCAGAAAGAGCAAGUCCCACCACAAAGCCGGAUCAAGACAUCAGCCAUCAAACUCAACUCUCGUUCAGAAUGUUAAAAAACACUGAGCCCAAGGUCAGUUUCCACCCAGAAACCGAGGCUCAGUGUUAUGCACCAGAGAGCGCAAGGCCUAAAGGAGGACUUGGCAAAGAGUUGCCUAGAUCCGAAGAAAGGAGACGCAGCCCUCCAGAAACAAAAGCCUCUCUGCUGGCUGGCUCGCUGGAACCGUUUUCGUCAAAUCAAGGAAGAAAAUAUCCCUCAGCUGUACAGACCACGUCUGACCUGAAACGGGACACAGCUGAUGCCCAAAGACAGGGACUUCUGGUAAAACCACUAGAUGUGCCUGUUGGUGGUCAUCACGGCUCUCCAAAGACUCUCGGUGAGGAGGUUAAAGGAGCAAGGCUGGCAGCGUGGAGCGGUGAGAGAGGUUCCGGAGGAAGGGCUCGCCUCUCGGCAAUCUCUGCUGAUGGCAGAGACACUGAGACUCGGCGAGAGGACACAGAAUCACUCAUGUUAGCCCUUAAAAUUAGCCCGUUAGGAAAAACCCAAGUCCAACAGAACCAAGAAAGAGGACUUACCCUUGGAGCAGAGGCCUGUGGGAGCAGAGGAAGUGCCGAGGCAGGCAGGUCUGCCACGGAGGUGCAGGAGUGGACUUCCACGAGCGGCUCCAAGACUGGCGGUUCAGCCACGGAGCGGAUACCUCGAGACGAAGGCCCACAUUCACCUGUGUUCACCCCAAGGGAGAAAGCGCACAGUGAGUGUCUUUCUGUCCUGCAGUCAAGGAAUCAGAGUCUUACCUCUUUGGCUAUCAGAGUGCUUCAAGAAGAGAAAGCAGGAGGAACUCGGAAUCGAGUCCCUGAUGUAGGAGUAUUAAUGGGCAGUACGGGGCCGGGCGCUCUGGACCGCAGAUCUGGCCAAGCCUUACCCUCUGGGUGCCAGCAGUCUUUGCAGUCAGCCCAGCCUCGCGUUUCUAAAAGCCCCUUCUUCGGUCAUGUCGACCCUGGGGAGAGAAAGACCCUUCCCAGUUCCAUGGGGCUGGAGUGGUUUCCAGAACUCUAUCCUGCUUACCUUGGACUGGGGGUGUUGCCGGAGAAGCCUCAGCAUUGGACUGCAGUGGUCCGGAAGCCUCCGCUCAUCAGUCCCGAGGGGGCGGGUCACUCACAAGUUCCUUUGUUGGAAAGAAGCUCGACUGACAUGAGGAGUGUGGAGCCCCCGCCCAGCUUCUCCCUAAAGAGGCUCUUGGGAGCUGUGCAGCAAGGCUGGAUCAGGUACAACGCCACCGUAAGGCAGCGUGGAGUCGGUGGCAUCACGAUGCUCUUCACGGGAUACUUCCUCCUCUGCUGUCGCUGGAGUUUCAGGCAUCUGAGUAAGCCUGUCUGUGUCUUUAGCCUAAAUGCCGGGUCGCGCGCCACUGUAGGCACCUCCAGGGAAUUCUCUGAAUUGCUUUUCCUCUUCCGACAUCCCCUAGUAAAUGAGCUAUUGCCUGGAGAUCUGGGUUGUACGUGGAGAGGAGGAUUUGAGAUUUUGUUUAUAAUGGCCUUUGUAGGAUUUGACUGGAAUUUACAUAAUUGCCCCUGUCCUCCAUCUAAUGUUGUCCUUGGCGGUGUGCGGUCUAGAAGGUCCACUGGCCAAAUCUGCGUCCCUGAAAGAGGGCAGGUGCUGUCCUUGGUGCUACGUUCGCCCUGAAACCACAGCUGGGUGGCCCAGAGGGGAGCAGGAACAGAAACCGCUGACACUCGGCAGGGUGCCGGCGUCUCCCAGCGUCCCAGUGUUUCUGCUUCUAAAAAUCAAGCUCCCCCCUAGGAAUCUGAGCUGGCACCAAGCCUUAGCCAGGAGGAAAGUGCCCAAAUUUAUUCCCUUUCAAGGUAACAUUGGCUCCUUUUAAGUACUAUGUAAUUAAAACGUAUCUUCAUAGUUUAAGGGGAAAAAAGACAUUAUUAGGAACCCAAAAAAUGCAGUAUUUUCUCCAAUUGGAAAAAUAAGCUCAAAGGACAAAAUUUUUUUUAAAAAAUAAAGACACUUUCAGUAUAAAAGUGCAAGAUUAUAAUGGACAAAUAAAGGUCACUAUAGUUUACGUACAGCUUGAUGAAACUUUUUUAAAAAAAAAACCGGGGCUUGACUGUAACUGGAGGGUUUUGGCUAAAUCAGUGCCUGGUAAGGAGGAGGGCAGGUGGCCCAGCACAGCCCCGGGGAACGGCCCAGCACUCCAAGUCGCCUGCCCGUGGUGAGCACAGUCCUCUCGACAUCCCACACAGUGCGGCCCAAAACCAGGGCCCCCCGAGGUCAAGGCUCCCCUGACGGUUUUGCCAGUCUGAAAGGGGUCUAGUUGGUAAAACCUGGUGUUACUAGGCACAAGCUUAGUAGACGUUUCAUAAAUUCAUAAGACAAAAAACGGAACAGUAGGUCUGUGUCUGCGAGAGGUAGAAGCCAUCAGGAGAGAGGGGAGGAGGCCGCGUGGGUCUGUAACCUUUAUCUCUGUUUAUCCAAAGAGCUGCAGCGCUGGCGUAAGUAAUGUUGACCUGGACGCCGCUUACGAAAGCUCUGGAGCUGCGAGGGCCGUGUGGUGCCGACGGCUGUGGUACAGGUUUAACCGUUUAAAUUGUAUUGGGACAGGAGAGGGGGUGAAGUGAAUAAAAGUAUUGGCAUCUGGAGCAGUUAUGUAGGAAGUAGAUGUUUCGUUAAGGCGGACAGAUGGGAUUCUGUCCAGAUGCUUCUCUGGCUUGCUCUCAAGAAACUUGUGGGAAAUGGAAUUAAAAGUAUGGAUUGAUUUUGGUGCAAAAACGUUUUUUCAUAAUGCAUGGAAAAUGCAGAUUAUGAAAAAACUAUACAUGGAUUUUAAAUAUUUCUGGCACCAAUAAAAACUGAAUUUUAAUUCCAUUUUUCCAUGACCUUUUUGAAGUCUCUCACUCGCUCUCAGCUUUGCUUGUAAUAUCCGCGUGCCAAAAUAUGAGGUCAGUCCUUCCUACGCCUCAGCUCUUUGAAAACGGAGGAAAAGCAGAUGGUGCUCUCAGGCCGGCGCAGAGCGCUUGCGUGCUGUUCCCUGCACUUCUUCCCACAACGUGGAUUCUGGCUCCCCAGUGGGGAGGAUUUAAUUCUGCCACAGAUUCGCAUGGUUAAGGAUACUCACAAGUGUAUCCCCAUCUACGAGAACUUUCCAUAAGGAGAAAAGUCAGAGUUGAGGGCGAGAAUUCUAGUCUAGUGCAGGCAUCAGGAACCGCGCCGGACCUCCAGAUGGGGUCCUCUUGAAAGGGCCCCUUCCGAGAGGGCUGCGGGCGUCCAAACCUGGGUCAGCACGCGGCGGCCCCGCCGUAGCGCGCCCUUAGGCCCUUAGCCCCUUCAGCAGGCCUCUGCCUCUGCCCUUCUUUUUUAUUUUUAUUUUUUAUUUUUUUGACAGGCAGAGUGGACAGUGAGAGAAAGAGGCAGAGAGAAAGGUCUUCCUUUUACUGUUGGUUCACCUGCCAAUGGCUGCUGUAGCCAGCGCACCGCGCUGAUCCGAAGCCAGGAGCCAGGUGCUUCUCCUGGUCUCCCAUGUGGGUGCGGGGCCCAAGCACUUGGGUCAUCCUCCACUGCCUUCCCGGGCCACAGCAGAGAGCUGGCCUGGAAGAGGGGCAACUGGGACUAGAACCCAGUGUACCGGCGCCGCAGGCGAAGGAUUAGCCUAUUGAGCCACAGCACCGGCCUGCUCCUGCCCUUCUAAACCCAGCCCCACUCGCACAGCUGUUGGCCCUGGCAGCCUCACUCUGCAGUGGCAAAGUUGAGCAAUUGCAGCAGAAACCCUGUGCCCCCCCCCCCCCCAAACUCAAAAGUAUUUCCGGUGCGACCCCUCACAGCCCCUGCCCGAGGAUAUGCUACCCGUCCAGGUGUCAGGAUUACACAGACUGGAGAUCGGCGCCGGGUGAGGAGACAUUUACAUAGGAGUCUGUCUCGGGUGCCCGUGCUGUCCCUGGAGUAGUGCCGUGGGAGCACACAGGGCAGCAUGGCUGCGACUGGUGUCGCGCGCCCAAACCAGAAUGCUGAGACACCGAUAGCACUUAACCAUUUGGUAAUCACACUACACAGAUGUCUGAAAAAAAGGUCCAAUGAGCCAUUGAUCCUAAAAGGAUGUCUGCUUGGUGUUGCUCAGUGUAGGACACAGGGGAGACCCUGUAGGCCUGGUGGGGGGUGCUUGAUGUCAUUCAGGACCAAGGAUUAUCACACACAUGGUGGGAAUGAGCAAAACUCUUUAGCAGAAUUACUUAAGUUACUGUGAACGCAUUCUUAAAUAAGGUGAUGUGGAGGACUUUGAAAUAGAGCUUGAAGGUGUCUCCGUGUCCUGGAGUUGUUUGCAAAAGUCCCCAAAGUAGUGGAAAGAAAGGCUCCCUCGUCUUUUUGCUGCCACCGGGGUUGGGAGAAUAACUGAAGACCGUAGAUUAUUUGUUCGUAAUGUUCAGAGUAGUUUAAGAGAAUUGUUGAGAUAAGCUGAUGACCAGUUAAUUCUCUUCCUAGAUUUAGACCUAAGCAAACUCAGCAUGAUCAAGGAAUAUACAUCCUAGCUCCAGUUUGCAGCUUCGGUGUAAACUUGCCCUACGGUGCAUUUUUACGCGAAUAUCCCUGUAAGUUCAUUUGCACAGCCAGGCCUGAGCAGGAGGUGCAACUCCGCCACCUGCAGAAGUCCCUCCACAAAGCCGGGGGAAAGAGAAGAAGGCUUCCCAGGAUUCCCCGCGCUCAACCGCCUCCUUCAUUUUGGCUCUUGGUCAUGCAGUAAGUAACCAGCCAUGUUCACGUUCUGCUGCCGAUGCAUGGAAAUCGGGGCGGGGACAUUCAGCCUAGUGGUUAAGAUCCCUUUACCCCUGGGUUUAACUCCCAGCCCUGCCUCCCAAUUCCAGCUCCCUGCUAAUUCAGACCAAGGGAAGCGCAAGUGAUGGCUCAGGUGGCUGGGUCUCCGCCACCCGCCUGGGAGACCUGAAUUGAGUUCCCAGCUGCAGGCUCUGGCCUGGGCCAGCCCUGACCUUUGUGGAUAUUCAGGGAGUGAACCAGCAGAUGGGAGGCCUCUCUUUCUGCUUCUCAAAUAGUAUUAUUUUGUUGAGUCAUCAACAAGCUGUUUAAUGCUUUGUGCAGAACCUGCAUAUUAGUA